CGAAAAAUAUGUAAAUUGAAAUGAAUUAAUUAUAAAUUAUUAAAAGAGAAUAUAAAUAUAAAAUUAUUGUCGUUAUACAUGCAUAAUUCAUUUCUAAAUAAUCCGCCUGAAGCUCUAAACGAAUAAACAAACAAUCAAACGGCUUUUUGAAGUCAAAAGAAAAGGACCGAAACUUAUAACUAAAUUGUAUACGUUUGUAAUAAAAGCCAAAUUCGCCAGUUAUUUAUUUUUUUUUUUUUAUAUGCAAACAAAAAUAAAACUGCACAGAAACAAUAUAAUGUCAUCACUUACCCAAAAUCUGACAACAAUACCGUUCUUAUUAUACUGCUACUGGCUAUGGCUUCCUAUUUUACUCAGUACAAGUUCCUUAUUAAUUUAUGUUGCUGCCAUACCUACCGCCACCAAUACACAUUUAUUAACGCCCUCGGCCAGCGGUAGCAGCAUUACUUCGAGCAUUUCCAACACUCAGAGCGGCAACACUAACAACAACAAUAUGAAUAUGAACAACGUUAAUAGCGUUAAUGCAAAUACACAGUUAAAUACUGGCCUCAAUCCAAUAACCGGUUUAAUCAAUGCUAACACCCUUACGGCUGCCAAUGCUAAUGCUGGCGUAGGUACGGUUGGUGUCGGUGGUGUACCGGUGGUCGGUCUUAAUUUAACCAACAAUAAUGCUAUUGGCUUAGCAACUGUCAACACUGGUACGAAUAUUGAUUUACUGGGCAUUAUGAACGGUACGGUGAAUAGCGGUAGCAGUAGUGGUAAUAUUGUUGCUUUACCUAAAGAAAAAAUUUAUGAGAAAUGUACGGGACCGGCAGACCCUGGUCCCUGCAAGCAAUACACGUACAAAUGGCGUUAUGAGCCAACAACAAAUGAAUGCUCCUCGUAUAUAUGGGGUGGUUGCGAUGGUAAUCCUCAAAAUCGUUUUAAUAGUGAAGCCGAGUGUUUAUUCCAUUGCAUAGGAGCACCACACACUUUACCGCCGUUUUUGCAAACGACUACCCACGAACCUAGCACUACAGAUGCCUCACAGGCUUUGCUGCCGUUUUCUUUGCCGCCCACAUUUGGCGACUUUGACACAAGCCCCAUACCCUUUGAACAACGUGGCCCUGAAUUAACUUUCGCCGAAACGGGUCAAGAGAAAACUUUCGUUUUUGCUCAGAAUAACACAUUCAUACAAAUUGACGGUGAUAUUAUACAAACAUUUCAAUUACGUUUAUGUCGCGAGAUAUCCUUCCAAUUUCGUACCCGCCUGCCACACGGUCUCCUCGUUUAUCAUAAUGUCAAAAAUCCAGAUCGCAUCAAUUUAAAUCCUUACGCUUUAUAUGUAAUUGUGGAAAAAGGGCAAUUGAAAGUGGUUCAUGUCUUUGGUAAACAUUCUACUAGCGUUACAGUAGGUGAAGGUUUAAAUCGUGAUGAAUGGCACAGUGUUAUGGUACGCAUCGAUGUUCAUGGAGCAAGAUUAAUUGCACGAGUUGACAGUAAUCAAGAGGAAGUGUAUCUGAAGGGCCUAAAUCAUGAUACUAACUAUGGCGUCUCAACGAAUCUACCAUCAGUGGUAUUAGUGGGCGGACUAUCUUCGGAGGAGAAACUGCAUGGUGUCAAAUAUAUUAUUGAAUCAUUUGUUGGCUGCAUACGUAACGUUGUUUUAAGUUCGGGUAAAGCUGCUUCCGAUUUGUUGCCGAUUACACCGCUGGUGGCCACAAAACAUGAAAACGUUUAUGAGGGCUGUUCAGAUAAAUGCCAUUCGAGGCACAACUUAUGCUUUGUCGGUUCAAGAUGCAUUAAUCACUAUUAUGGCAUCUCAUGCGAUUGCUUUGGCACCCACUAUGAAGGCGAGCACUGUGAUAUUUACACUGCAACAAUAAUGACUUUACGUGGUGCAAGCUAUGUAUCGUAUCGCAUUUACGAUUGGAAGGAUCGCGUACAUUCAUCCACCACACGCAUCAGCUUCAUGUUUCGCACGCAAUUCGACGACUCCGCUUUAUUCUAUGCGAGCGGUGAAUCACUCAAGCAUCAGUAUAUUGCAGCGUCCAUUAAAAAUCAGUCGAUUUAUGUGGAAAUGGAUUUCGGUGACAGUAUAAUGUCCACCACCCUCAACGAUGAACUGACACGCAGUUAUUGGCACAAUUUGACCAUUUACCAUGAACAACGGCAUGUACGCAUCAUACUUGACCAGCAAAUGAAAAUACUUGAAAUACCAUCAACGUCAAGUGGAAAUUUACUCUUCGAUCCGGAAAUUUAUUUCGGCGGUGGCCCCGAUUUACAUAAAAAGAAAGGUCUUGCGUCACACAACAAUUUCGUUGGAUUACUCAAGUAUGUUUAUUACAAUGACGUCUCCAUUUUAUAUGAAUUGCAACGUGCCAAUCCAAAAGUUCACUACCAUGGUGUACUUGAGGCAGAAUUCCAGGAAAACGAAGUGCAUGUCAUACCAAUAACAUAUCCUUUUGCGACAUCACACAUUUGGUGGCCCAUAAAUCAUGCUGAAGAAUUUAAUAUUAAGUUCGAUUUCCGUAGUAGUCGUACGGCAGCUAUCUUGGCAUACAGUGAUGUAACAACACACGCCGGAAAUGGGUUUUGGGAGAUACGCUUAACUUCGGACAAAUUAAGCUUCGAUUUGGUGCCUGAUAUUUUAAAUAAUCUAACGAUAUCAACGGUGGUGAAAAUUAAUCGAGCCACCUCCUGGCAUUCGGUUGAAUUAGAUUACAAAGGCGGCGAAAUCAAAUUUACUGUCGACUAUCAACAUCAGAAAAGUCAAAUGUACGGUUUAACGUUUAAUAUUGGCGAUAAGCUAAUUAUUGGUAGCAGCCUUAAAUCGGCAGCAUCCGGUUUAGUUGGCUGUAUACGCGAUAUUGAAAUUAAUGGUCUAUUGAUUGAGCCACGCCAUGUAAUUAAAACGGAACGUGUAGUCGGUGAAGUGGCCUUAGAUAAUUGCCAAUAUAUAGAUCCUUGUAAACGUCCAAACACGUGCGAGCAUGGCGGUAAAUGCUUUGUAAAGGAUGAUCGUGUCACUUGUGAUUGCAAACACACCGGCUAUAUAGGCAAGAAUUGUCACUUUACAAAAUAUCGUAAGACUUGUGAGGAAUUAGCUUUGCUUGGCUAUACAAAGUCCGAUGUCUAUCUCAUCGAUAUCGAUGGUAAUGGUGUAUUCCCGCCGGCUCAUGUUAAAUGCGAUUUUCAGUCUUUGGAAAAUGCUACAAAAACCAUUGUCGAGCAUAAUUUACCCAGUCAGGUGGAUGUACGUUCAUCGCAUGAUACUGACUUUAGCUUUAAUAUACGUUAUCGUGAAUUCUCCCCGGAAAUGUUACAAGAAUUGAUCUCGCAUUCGCUUUAUUGUACGCAAUAUAUCAAAUAUGAUUGUUAUCGCGCUCAGUUGGAAUUGCACUCAGCCACAUGGUUUACAUCAUCGGCCAAAAACUAUACAGUGGACUUUUUAGGUAAUGUUAAAAGAGGCGCCUGUCCGUGUUCGGUAAAUAAAACAUGUGUGGAUCCCAAUCAAUCAUGCAACUGUGAUGUAAAGGAAAGUAAAUGGUACUCUGAUGAGGGCUACUACAUCGAACCGCAUAGUUUGGGUAUAACGUAUAUGUAUUUUUUGCAGCAAAAAGAUUUAGAUGAUGAGGCGCAAGGACGCAUUACAUUGGGUCCUUUAGAAUGUGUAGAGACAAAUACCCAAAAAUAUGUGGUCACCUUUACCACAUCCCAAUCAUAUAUUGAAGUGCCAGGUUGGCGUAAGGGUGAUAUAGCUUUCUCGUUUCGUACAACUGGCGAGAAAGCAAUUUUACUAUUCCAGCCACCCAUACGACCAUAUUAUCCUUCAUUUAUGGUGGCUUUGACGGGCGACUAUCAGCUAACGUUCAAUUUCACACUCAGCACGGGUACCACACGUGAAUUGGUAAUUAACUCGCAUCGCAAGUUAAACGGAGGCGAAUGGCAUAAAAUAUGGAUUGAUUACAAUGAGUAUCAUGUACGGUUCAUGAUAAAUACGGACUACCAGAUGGUUGAUCUCUUGCCUGAGGAAGAAUUCGGACCAUUCGAAGGCAGCAUGUAUAUUGGCGGAGCUACCGCGGAUCUUUUGAAGAAACUGUCCGUUAAAGCAGGCUUAAUUGGCUGCUUUCGCGGUUUAGUGGUGAACGGCGAAAUUCUGGACAUUUACAGCUACAUGUCGGUGCAUUUAUCAGAAAUCAUUAAAGACUGUAAGCCGUCUUGCGUUCCCAAUCCUUGUAAAAACGGAGCCGAAUGUAAAGAAUUGUGGAGCACCUUUAAGUGUGUAUGUAACAAUACUUGGGCUCAUCUUGGUGAAUUUUGCGAAACAAAUGUUAAUGAAAAGGCGCUUACUUUCAUUAAUCGGGAGUCAUUCCUGAUGCGUAAUUAUCUUAGUGCCACAGCUGCACCGCAACCGUCAACACUGCCAGGCAUCGACGAUGAACGUGGAAUACUCAGAGGCAUCCUCCAUAACGAUAUACUCAUUAAUUUACGCACUUACGACACAAAUUCACUUGUACUCUAUGCCAACGAUCAUUACAAUAAUUUCGUACAUUUGUAUAUAAGUGAUGGCCGUGAAAUUGUAUUUCUGUAUAAUUACGGCGACGAAAUUGUUAAUCUUACAAUUGUCGAGGAGCGAGUUAGCACAUUGAAGAGCAUUCAAGUGGCCAUUGUACGAGAAGACCAUCAGACGCGUAUGCAUGUAAAUGAGCAAAGUAUAGCAAUAGAGAGGGGUACCCUUCUACUGGACGAAUAUGCUAAUAAGCCAUGGAUCAAUCCGGAGAAAGAAGUUCUCUCACCACAUCGUCCACCAGCACCGCCUACUGAUUAUUUUCAAUUCAAUGUUGGUGGAUACGAUCCAGCAAAUUUAUUGCGCCCUAAUCCGGAUGACACGCCAUCCUUGGAGGGUUAUAUCGGUUGCGUGCGUGGCUUGAAAAUUGGUACAAAUCUGGUCGAUUUGGCUGAUAUCAGUGAAAGGAACAUUGCUCCAAACCUUGAUGGCGUUUUACCCAAUUGUCAAAUUAAAUGCGACGCUGAGCCUUGUAAAAAUGGAGGUAUUUGUCGCGAGAAUUUUGCCAAACAAGAAUCAACAUGCGACUGCGAACACACCAGUUUCCUAGGCGAGUUUUGUAUGGAAGAGAAAGGGGCUGAUUUUAGUGGCGAAAGUACGCUACAGCGUAAAUUCGAAUUGGCCGGCAAAGUAGAUCAGGUGCGUUUACAACUGGCAUUCUCGUCAUUGGAUUUGCGACGAGCGAAUCGCAUUAUGUUGCUUUUGCAAACAGCAGCCGAACGUAGCUACUAUUUAAUGGUAGCCAUAACGGCUGAUGGCUAUUUAUUAUUCGAGGAGGAUCGUGAAGGACCCGCAGUAGGUGCUCGUAUCGAACGUAAUUUUUUAAAUAACGCUCGUCAUUCCAUUUAUUAUAUACGCAAUUUGACGGAAGCAACACUUUACAUAGACCGCGAACAAGUACCACUGCAAGCAAUUACCGCUAGAGUUUUGACACCGUCUGCUGAUAUGAGUGCUAAUCGUGUGCAAAUCGGUGGCAUUAACACUACGGAUACUCGUUUUGCUGUUUUCAAAAGUUACAGUGGUUGCCUGUCCAAUAUUUACAUACAAGUAAACAAUUAUGUUAUGAAACCCCUCGAGGAGUAUAUGCUAUUCACAAAAUCUGGUGCCGACAAUAUUACCGUAAUUAAUCCGCAAGGUGUACGCAGCGCACAAUGUGUGGCCAAAUUUGAUAUCACCGAACAGCCAUCACAAGAGCCAAUGGUUAAUGUUAGUUUAAGCGUUGAAAAUUGGGUCGAAGAACCACCACAGCGUGUACCAUAUGUGGCAAAAUAUGUGUACGAUGAAUCUACAAAAGAAGACUCAACACAAGUGGUAUUCAUAACUCUUACGGGCUUGUUUAUAAUUAUUGUUAUAUGUUGCCUGAUAGAAGUAUAUCGCAGUCAUUUAGCCUAUAAACGACGUAUUGAGCGGCAAACGGAUGAGGACAUUAUCUGGUCGAAAGAACAGGCUACAAAGAUGCAUGAAUCUCCCGGAAUAGGUGUAGGAGGAACGCAAAGCUAUGCUUAUAAAGCGCUGCCAAUCGACGAAAAGAAAUCGAGCAACGGAGCACCAUUGGUAGGCAUAUUAAAAAAUGGCAACUCCAUUCUUAAUAAAGAAAAUGAUGAAACUAAAAGAAAUGAAGAAACCAAUAGUCCAUUAACUGUGGACGUUCACUUGGACGGCGUUGCAGAAGAAACCUAUGAAGAUUUAUUAAAAACCGAAGAAAACAAAGUCAUCGAAACUGACAAAGCUGAAAAUGAGGCAAAUUUUGAUAGCAUCAAUCAAGUGGAAAAUCUUGAAAAUACGAUUUGCGAAAGCGUCAACGCAAAAGAUUCAAAUACAAUUGAUCAACAAGAUGAAUCUUUAAAUUUAAUUAAUCACAAAGAUAAGCCGGACAUAAGCGAAAACGUAAUGGAGAUUAGGGAAAAUUGCAUAAACACUUGCGGCCCUGAUAUUGGUCAUGAUGAUGUCAACGAUCAUCAAAUCGCUGGCGGUCGCGAUUCCCUCACUUUAGAUCAGUCAACGCCAAUUGCAGACCCAAAAUCUAUGCCAACAGCACUAAGCACAGGUAAUAGCAAUAGCAGCAGCACUAAAGUGUUACCAGUAAAAAUACGCCUGCGCCGUAAAAUUCGACCGUUAGAUAUUAAAGAUGAGGACACAAAGCAUCAAGGAUCGCCGCUUCAAAUUGAAAGAGACGGUGUAAUUCUUAAUGGGAAACAAGAGCAAACAACCCAGGACCCGUUGAACGGCAAUUACACAACGGAAAUUGCUAAUGUUCCGGUUGAACCAUUCGUUACGAAAUCAUCGAAUCAUCGCUCGCCUGUAUCACCCGCCUAUCUCGACGAAAUUCAUCGUCAAUUCCUGAAUCCCAUUAGUUACUUAGGCGGCCCACAACUGCAGCCGCGUAAUCGAAAUAGUAUCGAUUCAAUAUUGUCAUUGGAUUGAAUUUGUUUUUUAGUUUUUAAGCUUAGCUAAAAUUUCUACUUUUUUUUUUUUUGGCUCUUCUUUG